GACGGGCGACUGUCCUACGACGAACGAACUUUCCGCUACACUCGCACGUCAAGCAGAAACAAGCACUUCGACAGUCAGCACCUGCCAAGCCUGACCGGGCUCCUGGCCCAGAACCUCCUGGCGUGUGCUCAUCCCAAGUGCACCAAGAUGGUCUGCAAGUUCAGGAACAUGGACGAGUACAGGGCCCACCAACCGAGGGUGCACCACAUCGAGCUCCGGCCU